AUGACUCCCCUGAAGAUGCUGCUCCUGGUCAUGCUCCUCCUGGGGGCUUCUCUGCAGGUCACCCACGCAGUGCAAGGGACCAAUGUGGGCCGGGAGUGCUGCCUCGAGUACUUCAAAGGAGCCGUUCCUCUCAAAAGGCUGAAAAUGUGGUACAAGACCUCAAGGGACUGUCCCAAGAAAGCCAUUGUGCUUGUAACUGUCCACAACAAGUCCAUCUGUUCAGACCCCAAGGACACGAAGGUGAAGAAGGCAGUCAGAUAUUUAAAAAGCAUGCGGCACCCUGGGCUCCAAGAAUCCUGAUUUCUGCCUGGACCAUUUGGAGACCUCCAGCCUCAGUGUUCACUACCCCAACCCCGAGCUGCCUGAGUCCAGGGGAGGUCCUACAAGGACAAAGGGGACCCUGCCCCCUUUUCUGGACUGGAACCAUAGCAGAAAGAGCCCAGAUUAAAGUCUCUCCUUCGU